AUCACCAACGAAAUGACCCUCCCCGACCUUGCAAAGCUCUCGAUACACGACCCGGUUCCGCCAAAGCCACCCCCUAUCCCAGAAGAUAUCGAGCACGCGACUGACCGCUAUGUUCAAAAGCUUAAAGCGUAUGCAAGGGCCUUGCCCUAUUCCAUCGAGUCAAACUCGAGGAUGCAGGAUAUGCUCGAUUUCAUCUCCAAACGCAUUGUCCAGUGCGUGGAAGCCAAGGACUAUGACCCCGGAUUCUUGCAGUGGGACAGCAUGCUCACCUACUGGUGCUACCUCAAGUACCCUAUCCCGAAAGAUAAGCGGAUACGGUUUGUUAUGCUGUACUACAAUAUUUGCAUCACCCCAGGCAUGCCUCUGCACAUAGUCGCCACUUGUGCGGAUGCAUUGGAUGGCUUGACGAGGUCAAAGAAUAAGAUCUCAGUUGAGGAUAUACGACUCCCUUGGAAGCCCCUUUACGAUCGCCUGUCCCAGGACCUGUUUCUUACCAGGCGUCAGUUCGAAGUCAGCCAAACUUCUUAUUAUAUGGGCUACGUCAUAAGCAUAAUGCGCCGUUUCUACCACCCGGCAGCUAUCGACGAGAUGCUCGCCACAUUCGUGCCACAGAUUAAUGGAACCGUCUUGAAUAGUCUACUCGUCACGCAAUAUUAUAUGUUAACUUUUCUCCCUCAAUCUCACCCUCAAUCUUACCUCCCCAUGUUGUUCCGUCUCUGGGAGUCCGUGAACUCCUACAUCUUCGACGAACGCAUGCUCCAAUUCCUCGCUCGACUGGCGGAGAUGCAUCAAGACCCUUCCGUCAGCGAUCCUGCCAAGAUUACUGAGAUUCCUGACGAUGCCCUUUCCGAGGGCGAAGGAAGGCCCCAGUGGGCCAAGGACGAUAUGAAGAACGGCAGCCUUUGGACAGGAUUAUUCAAGGACGUGGGUAUAUUUUCUGAGUACGACUGGCACUUUAUCAUGUGCAAGUGCUUGGCUUCGAUGGAGAUUCCUCUGGCGGACUCGGGAUCCUUGACAACUGGACCAUCCGCGGACAGUCAAGCAGCAUUCGAAAUCGGUCGUCUGCCCAAGCCAACAUGGCGCAUUAUCUCUUUGGCCAGGAUCAUCGUCCACUCAAUGGCUCCAGACGGACGACCCGUUGCUCCAUCCAAUGCCCCGACACCAAUGGGUACUCCCAUGGGCUCUGGGUUCAACACGCCAGGAAUGACUACACCGGGCGUCAUGACGCCACGAGCGGUGGGCAGUGGGUCUGUGGGGGAUUAUUUGACGGCGCAUUUACAUAAAAUGGCACCGUUGUUGAGCAGCCAUAGCUAUGUCGGAGGUUCGAAGGCAUUGGAUUCGUUGGUGAAGCUGAUUGCGUCCACGGAGAGCUUCUUCCAUCCGUCGAAUUCGGGUGCGUGGACCUCAGACCUUAGUGCCUUCAUCAAAUAUGUGGCAUAUGAGUUCAACAAACGUUGGCACGAUGAACAGAGACCAGACUGCAAAACGCCCAAACAUCGGCGACUGACACGCGACAUGAAGCGAGAGCUCGUCAAGAGCUUCCGGACUGUCGCUCUCCUGGCAAUGUUCUCCGAAGACUCCACGACUGUCAGCAACAUCUCGAGCUGCCUGAAGUGGAUGAGCCUCAUGGAGCCCGAAAUGAUCCUUUACCCAAUCUUGGAGAGAGCUGUGCCCUCGUUGGAAGCUCUCGUCGAGACUCAACGCACCAUUGCGGUGAUCAAGGCUUUGGGAGCGAUCGCGCCUGCGAUCGUGUCGAGGCAGGUCUACUCCCCGGGUGCAAAGCACCUUGUUCCGAUUCUACAGCUUUUAAUUCCUGGGAUUGAUCUCAACGACCCGUCGAAGACUCUCUGUACUACAACCUUUCUCAUCGAAAUCUCGCAAUACAUCAAGUUCGGCGACCUGACAUCCCCAGCCCAUACCCUGUCUGCCGACAUAGAUUCAAGGUCUCCGUUGUCGGCAUUGUCGGAGGGCUUGCCUGACGGCAACGGCUACAGCAACGGACCUCCAACUAUCUCGUGGGAAGCGCGGGCAGCGAAUGGGACAGAGGUCAAUGGAGCGCCACACUUCAGCAAGGAGGAGGAAGAUGCUCUCCUUCGCGAGUCUACCGGCGGCUUCCCGGAGUGGAUCGCUAGCUUCAUCAGGAGGGUCAUUCUUCUCUUUGAUAAUCUGCCUGAAGAGGCGGGUGGUGCCACAGAAGUGCAACUGGUCGAUGCGGUGACGAACGCCUGCAGCCAGAUUUGCAUCCAUCUCUCCGAACCGCUCUUCGACCUCGUCCUCAACAUGAUCUUCGAGUACGCCAGCACGAACGUGCGGCCGAACGCAGUCCGCGCCGUGCAUCAGCUUGUCGAAUGUGUGGCGAACGCGAAUCCGACGAAGACCUUGGCCAGGUUCAUGCCGUUUUGUGUGAGGAAUAUCUAUGUCGAGCUGGAUAACGGGGCGAGCGCUGUGAGGACGACUUCGAGUCUGUCGACGUCGUUGCCGGCGGAUGCGACGUUCCAUUGGAAUUUGGCAAUUCUUCGUGGUGCGAUGUUCAACGAUGGCAAAGCUGUUCUCAAGUACAAGGACGAUGUCGUCCCUCUUCUGCGACGCCUCCGGGAUCAUACGUUCUCGAAACGUGGAUUCUCUUGGAGCGGCAAGCUGCUGUCGAGUCUACUCUUGACCCUCACGCACACCUACCCGUUGGAGGACAAAUUCGUGAACCCGAAGGAGUGGAACAGCGAAGAGUUCCGAGUCAAUCAUCACCAGCAUUGGGGCAAACUGUAUAAGGCAGAGGAAGUCGAAGUCUCAUGGCAUGUACCUACACGGGAAGAGAUAGACUUUGGUCUGCAGAUAUUCAGAGAUCUUGUCGAGCCGUUGAUGGACAGGCUGGAGGGGUUGCUCAAGCCAGGCGUUGCUCGAGAUAGCAUAUGGCGCAGUGACUUCUGCCGGUAUCUGAGCUUCGUUCGUAAUGCCUUCGCAGGCACACCCACCUUGGUCAAGGAGACGAUCUCGAAGGAAGAUAAUCAGCACGCAGUCAACACUACGGACAUCUUGAAUGAGAUCCCAGAAAUGAUAGCCUCGAUCACGCCUUUGAACGCGGGAUUCGCGAUCUCGGAUCCGGCGGACCCACGAGCGAAGUAUUACACGGCGAUCAAAAAGCGGUUUGGCAGGUUCCUGCAUGAUGCAUCCACCUCGCUGAGGCAGCAAGGGGAAGAGAACACCGUGGAUGCUGUUGAUCUCCUGAUCGAGUCCAUCAGGACGUUUAUGCUAGAGUAUGGGGAUAGCAAAGACAGCUACUACCUGCAGCUUGAUAGGUAUGGGACCGAGCUAAAUUACGCACGUCAACAUUCGAGGCAGAAGGCUUGGCCCAGAGCCGUCUUCGUUCGGAGGGCACGACUAUACCAUGCUGCUCGACUACGAUGGAAUUCGAUUGAGAGGCCACGCGGGCCACUGGAAGACUCUUUGAUCGACGACGUCGCUGAAUGGUCAAUGUGGCAAUAUGCGACAGUCAGGGAUUCCAGCCAGUCACUUCUGGAUUCUCUAUCUUCGAGUUAUGAUGGCGUCCGACGACUCUGUAUACCUCGGAUAUACGAGGCUCUCGCUCCCGGCACGGACGACGACCGGAUGAAGGGCGCACUCUGGACUCUAAACAUGGGUGCCUUCGUGAAAUAUGCUAUGGCCGAACCGACCAUGACCGAAGAGCUUCUCAAGCACAUAUUUAGGUGCCAGGCCAACGAGAAGCCUAGUAUUCAAAAUUGUGUAGCCUCCGUCACAGAGAAUGCCCUCAACAGCUUCGUCGAGCCAUGUUUCCUGGUAUACGGUAUCGAAGCACCACUGCUAGACAAAGCUAUAGAGCGCUUCAAGGCGUCCUUGCCAUUCGGACAGGAGGACCAAGCGGUAGUCGCCCGAUGCGCAGAACAGCGUGCCCGGCGGAAUAACCUCCAAAGCAACGGUGCUAACGCUACGACGUCUUUCGUGCUGGACAUUGCAAGAUCGAAGUCGACCCAUUGGCGUUAUGCAAUCUUUGCGCUUAGGUGUCUGCGAACUCUUAUCAGGAGGGACACACCAACCACAAAGGAGCACCUUGCUUAUUUCUUGGAGAAGGCCCACGAUGAUCAUCCGUCAUUACGCUAUUACUCCCAGAGAGCCAUCAUGAAGAGUACACGGUACAUCAAGCUCCGAACAUACGCCAAAGCUCCACUCGAUAUCAUGCUGGAAAAGAACAACAACCCCAUGAAACGCAAGAUCCCGUUGAACACACCCGAGGUGAACUUCACCGACAAGUUCCUGGAUGCUUUUAAGCACCCGGAGAAGGUCCAGACAUUCUUCCGUGAACCACUCUACAAGGAGCGAGCGAACAGUGGUUGGGUGGCCUGGAGCAAUAUCAUCAGUGGUUAUUCUCCGCCGCCUGGCUCGGGAGCGGUACUCAAGCCCUGGGAGAGUGCGAGCGCGAGCGCUAUCGAGGCGAUACGUGAAGCCGCACAGGACGCCAAAUUCUGGAAAAGUCUCUCCACUCAUUAUGCCGCCGAAACUAACGCAGAUGCCGUUUCGUCUGACAACAUGUCGGCGGUGAAGUCGAUAGUGCAAAUCUUGGAGGAUGAGUCGUUUAAGCCUCUGCAGGACCUCGUCGAAGAGCUGUUGGAGAAGUCGGACCAGAAUAAGCAGCGUGGAGCCGCAGAGUUGAUGGCUGGCCUUCUGUGUGGCGCUAAACACUGGCCGAUGGAGAGUCAGAAGGAAUUGUGGGCAUGGGCUAUGCCUCUCCUCGUGAAAACGUUCAAGACUAAGAUCAAGACGGAUACUCUUCCGGUCUGGACGUCCUUCCUCGAGUACAUGUUCUACAACCGGGAUCCACGAAGGUAUCAAGUGCUGGUCGAUCACCUCAUUGCGGAGUUUAAUUCAACCGAUUACAACGGAGAGUCUUCUCUCAACGCUGUGAAGGCACUGAGCUUCCUUCGCGCGCUAUACGAGGAAGAAGGUUGGAAAUUCACGGCUUGGACCGAUGCUGCCAUUGAGCGCGUCUGGCCUGAGAUGAGUAGCGAGCACGAUGAGGUCCGGUCACAUAUCAGCGAGCUGUUGGCGUUUGCAGAUAAAAUCAAGCAACGGCCUGUAGUGUCCCUCCCGACCGCUGAGGUGUUUGUGCAAGAAUGCCGCACCACAUCCAUCGACGUCGACCUUAUGGGUAUGCGCGGCGUGUUCCACGAAGCCCGGGUCGCCGAGCUCGUCAAGAAGUUCCCCGAGUGGCGUGCGGAGCGUUUACCUGGUUCUCGGGCUUUCCAGUCAACUUAUGACAGGGUUGGCACGACGGUCUGUCGGUGGUUGUUCCAGACUGUGCAUGAUACGAGCGCUAUUUCCGUUUUUGACUAUGUUCUACCUCUGAUGCCCGAACUUUUCCGCUUCACCGAAGUGAAUGACAACAACGAGCUCGUCAAUCGGGCAAGGACGCUCCUUGUUCGGAUGUGUGGCGUGACGCCACCCAGACCACUCAUUGGACCCAUCCUCAAGGCCAUCUUCAGUGCCAUCCAAAACUCACCCUCGUGGAGAGUACGGCUGCAGGCCCUCCCCCUCAUCCAAGUAUUUUAUUUCAGGCAGGUCCCUCUACUGAGUGACGCCCAGAUUACGGAGAUUAUGGAGGUGUUGUGCAAGUGUUUGGACGACGAGCAUGUCGAAGUACGAGAAAUGGCCGCGACCACGCUCUCAGGUGUUCUCCGUCUCUCCCCACGGCGAAGUCAAUUAACGCUCAAGGAACGUUUCCUCCGCCUCCUCAAACGCUCCCACCUCCCGACCAACCGUCAAUCGCCCAUCUACGCCUCCGCCAUCCGUCAACGCCACGCCGCCAUCCUCGGCAUCGUGGCGUUGGUCGACAGUUACCCCUAUACCGUCGAGAGGUGGAUGCCCGAGCUGCUGACGAACGUCUUGGCGGAGCAUACCUACGAUCCGAUCCCGAUCUCGACGACGGUGCGGAAGUGCGCGAGCGAUUUCAAGAAGACGCAUCAGGAUACGUGGCACGAGGACUCGAAGCGGUUCUCGGAGGAGCAGCUCACGGCGCUGUCGACGCUCUUGACUGGUUCUUCGUAUUAUGCUUGAAAUUGUGAGAUGACCGCGAGGACGGCAGACUGAAUAUUCUUGGCCUUUCCGAUACAAUCUAUCUGUACUGUAACAACUUUAUCAUGACCGACCGAGAAGAGGGGGCGGGUGGAUGCGGAGCACGCGACACAGACCGAAGGGAAGAGGGAAGGGAACAAACGUAGAUCGGACUACUUUUAUUGUAUCAACUAACCUCUCCACGACAAAGUUUCGCCACUAAUGCGUGUAUGUACAUAACCUAACAACUGUAUAUUUACUACCGG